AUGCCUCCAAAGUCGAGGUUCACCAGGCUUGAUGCCUUUACUAAGACGGUCGAAGAUGCAAGGAUACGAACUACUUCUGGUGGCAUUGUCACAAUCAUAUCCGUGAUUGUUGUUCUCUACCUUGCUUGGGGAGAAUGGUCCGACUACAGAAGGAUUGUCAUACAUCCUGAGCUCAUUGUUGACAAGGGACGGGGCGAACGCAUGGAAAUCCAUAUGAACGUUACCUUUCCGAAGCUACCCUGCGAGCUCCUUACCCUCGAUGUUAUGGACGUAUCUGGCGAACAGCAGCAUGGUGUUUUACAUGGCGUGAAAAAAGUGCGAUUGCAGCCCGCCUCGCAAGGUGGACGGGUUAUUGAUAUUACUGCGCUCGCGCUGCACGAUGCGAAUGAGGCAGCUACUCACUUGGAUCCGGAUUAUUGUGGCUCUUGCUACAGUGCCCCGGCCCCGUCCAAUGCAGCUAAACCAGGAUGUUGCAAUACUUGUGACGAAGUACGAGAGGCAUAUGCGCAGGCAUCAUGGGCUUUUGGUCGUGGCGAAGGUGUUGAGCAAUGCCAGCGCGAGCACUAUGCCGAGAAGUUGGACGAGCAGAGACAUGAAGGCUGCCGCAUCGAGGGUGCCAUUCGCGUGAACAAGGUGAUUGGAAACUUUCACUUCGCUCCAGGAAGGAGUUUCAGCAACGGCAACAUGCACGUCCAUGACCUGAAAAAUUACUGGGACAGCCCCGUGAGGCAUUCAUUUGAGCACGAGAUCCACCAGCUCCGAUUCGGACCCCAGCUUCCUGAGGAUGUGACCAAGAAGCAUGCCAAGAGGAGCCUCUGGACGAACCACCACCUGAACCCGCUUGACGAGGUCAAGCAAAUUACCGACGACCCCAACUUUAACUUCAUGUAUUUCCUCAAAGUUGUGCCUACGGCAUACUUACCUCUAAGCUCAUCUAAGUCGGGCACAUCAGACCGAACUGCGGAUGAAAAUGUCUGGUUAGGCAGUCUGGGUAGUGGCUUCGACGGUAGCAUGGAGACGCACCAGUACUCUGUCACCAGCCACAAGCGAAGCUUGAACGGUGGCGAUGAUGCAGCUGAGGGCCACCAGGAGCGCAUGCAUGCCCGAGGUGGUAUCCCAGGCGUGUUCUUUUCUUAUGAUAUCUCGCCAAUGAAGGUGAUCAAUCGGGAGGAGCGAGCCAAGACAUUUUCGGGUUUCCUAGCAGGUCUCUGCGCCGUACUUGGUGGCACGUUGACAGUAGCGGCAGCCGUAGACCGAGGUGUAUACGAAGGGGCGACGAGGAUAAAGAAGCUUCAGUCCAAGAAUCUAUAA